AUGACCAUAUAUACAGACGGAUCCUGUACGAACAACGGGUCCCUGGACGCGGUAUGUGGAAGUGGAAUAUGGGUACCGGACAUACCAAGCGCCAGCAGGGCUAUCAGAGUACCAGGAGAUAAACACUCGAACCAGAGGGGUGAAGUCGCGGCGGUCCUGGUAGCGCUGCAGACGACGGCGCCCUUCGUACCGAUACUCUUCAAGACCGAUUCGAUGUAUGUGAUUGAUGGCCUAACGGCACACCUCCCGAGGUGGGAGGACAUAGGGUGGACGGGAAUAGCGAACUCCGACCUGCUCAAAGCCACGGCGUUCCACCUGGGGAGACGGUCAGCGACGACGGACUUCCUCUGGGUCAAAGGCCACUCGGGCGAGGAAGGAAACGAAAGGGCUGACGCACUGGCAAAAGAAGGAGCCAACAAAGACGAAGCCGACCCCCUCGACCUCAGCAUUCCCCCAGAGUUCAACCUUCGGGGCGCGAAGCUUUCGGCUAUGACCCAAUCGAUGCUGUAUGAAAGGGUAUUGGCCCACAAAGGACCGAAGACCGUACGCCCGGCAGCACUGGCCCCGCUGGACAUGACACGACACGCAAUCAAGGAGACGAACGGCGUGAUGCUGGACGACGAAGCUCUGUGGAGAUCGAUAAGAUGCAAAGACCUCCGUCAACCGGUGAGACAACUAUUAUACCGCGCAAUGCACGGAUCCCACAGGCUAGGGAAGUUCUGGCAGAAUGUCCCGGGCCUCGUGGAGAGAGAGGCAUGCGCCUACUGCGGGGACGAGGAAUCACUGGAACACAUAAUGACGGGAUGUGAUAACGGGCCGGGGAAGGUAGUGUGGGACCUGCUGCACGACGCCUGGCCGCAAGGCCGUGGAGCCCCGCCCAACAUCACGCUCGGCCUCAUCCUUGGAUGCGGCGCGAUUCAAAUCAAAGAAACAAACCACGAAACAGGAGUUGAACAACUCCGGACUAAUCGGUCAAGGCUCAUGAGGAUACUAAUCUCGGAGUCUGCGUACCUGAUAUGGGUGCUCCGAUGCGAACGGACGAUACAAGACAGGAAGCACAGUGGAGAAACAAUACGACGAAGGUGGGCGAUGGCCAUACAAAGACGACUUGAAAGCGACCACGCUAUGGCAUGCAGAACGAUACGCACGGAGUCGCACGUGAGGAAAGUGCAGGGAACGUGGGAUGGACUGCUCUUAAACGAGCAGACACUCCCGGAAGACUGGGCCAAACGCCGUGAGGUUUUAGUGGGUAUUAAGCUGCCGAGACUCCGCAGACCGGAGCCACCUAGGUAG